UAAAGCCUGACAAAAAGGAAAGGACGUAGGAUUGGAGAAGAUCGGGGCCGAGUUGGAAACUCGUUAACCUAAUCAAACAAGUUUGACCCCAGAAACGCCUCUAUUUCCCAAAUCCUUUUCUUUAUUAAUCUUCUCUUCACAUGAUCCCGAGCUCCAGAUUAAGAUGACACAACCGUCGGUGAUACUAGCAACCGCCAGCUAUGAUCACACUAUCCGAUUUUGGGAGGCAAAAAGCGGCCGCUGUUACCGUACUAUUCAAUACCCUGACUCGCAAGUUAAUCGGCUUGAAAUAACCCCAGACAAGCGCUACCUGGCUGCAGCUGGUAAUCCUCACAUUCGUUUGUUUGAUAUAAAUUCCGGCAACCCUCAACGUGUAAUGAGCUAUGAUUCGCAUACAAAUAAUGUUAUGGCUGUAGGAUUUCAAUGUGAUGGAAAGUGGAUGUACUCUGGUUCUGAGGAUGGAACGGUAAAAAUUUGGGAUUUAAGGGCUCCAGGUUGCCAAAGGGAAUAUGAAAGUCGUGGUGCUGUUAACACUGUUGUCUUACACCCGAAUCAGACAGAGUUGAUAUCUGGUGACCAAAAUGGAAACAUUCGUGUAUGGGAUUUAACAGCUAAUUCUUGCAGCUGUGAAUUGGUGCCCGAGGUUGAUACAGCUGUGAGGUCUCUUACAGUCAUGUGGGAUGGAAGUCUAGUAGUUGCUGCAAAUAACCAUGGUACCAGUUACGUUUGGCGUCUAUUAAAAGGGAACCAGACUAUGACCAACUUUGAGCCACUUCACAAGCUACAAGCUCAUAAUGGAUAUAUACUCAAAUGUCUCCUUUCUCCUGAGUUCUGUGAGCCCCACAGAUAUUUGGCCACUGCAUCUUCUGACCACACUGUCAAGAUAUGGAAUGUUGAUGGCUUCACAUUGGAGAAAACUUUAAUAGGACAUCAGCGCUGGGUAUGGGACUGUGUUUUCUCAGUGGAUGGUGCCUAUCUCAUAACAGCCUCUUCUGAUACAACAGCCAAGCUAUGGUCAAUGACAAGCGGUGAAGAGAUAAAGACAUAUCAAGGACAUCAUAAAGCAACUGUUUGCUGUGCACUACAUGAUGGAGCAGAGCCUUCUCCGUCUUAAACCUAUAAUCAGGUAUUUUUCUGGGUCCCUGGAAGAAUUUCGAGUUUCGUUAUUAUCCGAUUUGUACAGUAAGUUUAGCAGUAGAACAGUGCUUGGUUUAUACUUCUAAAAAGAGAUGUUUGUAUCCGGCUCCAUCUCAAGAACAAUUGGUAUGCUUAUAUAGGUAUGGUUUGCCUUGGAUCAUUGAAUCUAAUUGUUUGUUUUUAACUU